UCUGAGGACAUUCCAUCACACCCUGUAUUUCGCCGGCUCCAUCUUCUCCACCUGUAUCCAACAUCAGACUGAAUUCGAAGCUGAAAUGACAGCUUUUCGAUUGCCGUCAAGUUCAAUGUACUUGUUUCAUGGGCGAAGAGUUAAAACGCGUUAAAUCGCUGCAAAGUUUCAAGUUUUUAAUCCCGAAUUGAAGCAAACUCGAUCACCGUUAUCGUAACUAUUGCACAAUGAUGAGGUGACCGCUUGAUGUCGUGAAAUUGUCGUGAAAAGUGUGUUUAUUUUGUUCGCGGAUGUGUGGCGACCUAUUAAGAACUACCUACGACGAUGUUUACGAAGAAGUCACACAUUGACGUGAAAAAGUCAACAUUGAAAAUCCAAGAUUGUAAGAAGGAUUCGGCGACUCGGCUCCGACACCUGAAAACAAUACUAGAUUUUGUUGACAUUGAUGAAGCCAAAUCGCUAUUCGAGACUAACUAUAGCCAUGUCUACUACAUUUUGUAUGAUACUUUCGUUCAAGCUGAAACUAAUCUAAGGCAAAGAGAAUUAGCGUUCCACCUCGUUCAUAAAGCUCACAGAGAAGAACUUGACGGAUCACUAUGGCUCCUCGAGAAGAUCCUUUGUUUUCUACCAGAACUAUUGGCACGCCGUUGGCAAUGUCAUUCGCUCAGUCGAUUAAUGGGAAAAUUGUUGCACACUGGAAACAGUGCCAAAUUGCGAAAAGACGGAGUCAGAUAUUUUCUGCUAUGGUACCAAGCACUUGGAGAUAAUGCUCCUGCAGAAGUGCAUGCAAUGUUUGCAGAGCUCGUUCCCGGGCUAAUGACACCGCACAAAGGAUUAAGUGGCCCAUCAGAAAUUGAAUUUUCAGCUGGCGAUAUAUUGAACCAUCCGAACAUGAAAGGUGACCUCGGUGGAUCGGUAUUCCAUGAUACAAGCGUCCAUCCUGUACAGAGCGGCGAAAUUUGCCCACUAUUGCCUCCAUCAACGAAUGAAAGAACUGCCGCGCCAGAUCCACGAGAUGGUGUUGAGAUCCUCUUAAAUUCGAUGGUUCACACUGUGGCCUGUUUAAGAUGGCGUGAGAAUACUAUUCAAAAGCAUAUGAAAAGCUUUUCAUUCCUUCUGCAACGCUUCAAAGAAGUUUAUUUGCCUUUAUUUUGCCCCGGAUUCGAUUAUGAAACGUCGAUUUAUAACCCAAAAUUAGAUCUACCUGCAAUGCGAACAAUUCACAAACGCGAAGAAGUUAUGAGUUGUUGUGUGGUUGUUCUAAUCAACUGGAUCUCACGAUUCACGCAUGAGAAACGGACAAAUAAUCGCCUUGACAACAUCCAGAUUGAUGACGACACCUCAGAUCAUUCGAGUUUCCUUUCCCAUAUGAAAUAUUUAGGCUUUACCCAAGAUCAGAUUGUGCGCGAUGUAUUGUAUUCAACAAGGGAUAAUAUAAAUUUCGUCCAUGAAGUCUAUCGUCAAGCGUUCCUUCUUGGUUUCACAUCAAAAUCGCAAAUAGAGGCGAUGCGCACGGCAAUUGUGGUCUACCGCGAUUGGAUGGCAGGCGAUCCACCACCACCUUUUCUUCUGGAGCCUGAAGAAAAUCCCUCAGAAAAUGGAACUCCGCCACGUGGCCAACGGCUGCGCACCGAUUCUUAUGUCGGUGCGAUAACCAGAGAGAAUCUCAUCAUUCGCGCAGGACUUCAAAAUUUCCUCCAAGUUUUUGUUACGAAUGCAGCUAACGUUUUUCUCGUUAACACUAGUCAUUUGAAUAUUUCAAUUCCAUCCAAGUCACGAGACUACCGUUCAUCACCUUUGAACGAACAAACCGAUAUUUGCAAGAAGGUGUUAAAUGUAUAUCGGACGAUGGUCAUGAACACUCCAAUGGAACCGAAGACUUGGGAGCAGUUGCUUAUAGUUUUGCUCCAGAUUACAUCGAUAAUACUGAAUCAGCCGCAACCAUCGAAUUCGAAAUCCAGCAAUUUGGGUGGUCGCCUCGGGCAGGCCAUCUUUCAAACUUUAAUUGUGACUUGGAUUCGAGCUCAUACCAAUGUUCCGGUGAAUGUGCACCUAUGGGAAAAAUUCUUGGGUGUUUUGACAUCGUUGACGCAUCGUGAAGAACUCAUCAUAGAGUGGGAUAAAACAAUGCAAACGUUAACUCGCGUGUUGGCCCGCUAUGUCUACAAUUUGAAUCUUCAGGACUUACCCCUUGAUCGUCUAGCGGAAAGCAAAGGUAAACGAAAACGCUUUGGCAGUGUUUGGCAAUCAUCUUCGUCAAAAGAAAGCCGAGGCCUAACUUCAGCACAAUCAAAUGAUCAGAAACGCAACAUUUCGGAUGAUCAACAACGAGAGGAUAUUUCCGGACCCAGCUCGACAAAUCAUCACAGUUCUAGUCAACAUAGGAGUGCACCAGGAACUCCAUCGCUUAAUCGCAGCUAUAGUGAAGGCAGCCUUGCACCAGCUCGAAAAUCACGCGCUCGUAGACGACAAAAGGGAUCGCUCAAAAUUCCAACGCUUCCAACAAGUGUUGAACACUCCCUGAAUCUGAUGUUGUCGCAUUCGCCGGUUGAAAUAAGCAUCAGUACAGAAACAUUGAACUCUUCUCGUUUAUCACAUCAUGGAGACAGCCUCCGUCGGACAAUGUCUUUGGACACAUUGCAAGGUAACAAAAAGAGUCGCGAAGUAGCAGAUGAUGAAAUAGAGAGUGGUCGAGCUUCUCGUUCACCCUCACCUACAGCCUCCAGCGGAAUCGAAGGAGGAUCAAUUAAAGAUUCGCCAAUGCAAAUAGACGUGUUAGCUGGAGAUGGAUCAAGUGCUGAUGCACCAGAUGAGUCCAUUUCUUCUAGUGGUCGAAGAUCAAUAAUUUUAGGUGGCAGCGCUAGUGGUUGGCUCCCGGAUGUGGCAGCUAUAAUGUGGAAGAGGAUGCUUGGUUCAUUGGGAGAUGUUAAUUCCAUUCCAAAACCCGAACUUCAUGCACAAGUCUUUAAAUAUCUGGUUGAAAUGACAACAAAUUUGAUACGAAUCAAGAAGAACCAAGGCAUUUCCACCGACAACCAAAGCACUCCCCCUCCACCGGAUUUGAUUCCACCAGUAGGAAUUGCUGCACCCUGGUGUUAUGGGGCCCUACUCCUCGACUCGCACUUCAAAAAGGGUAAAUUGUGGGCCUUGCAGUUGCUUUGUAUGCUGGCGAAUCAUAAGGCGGUGACGGGAUCAGAGCAACUGCCACUUUUCUAUAAAGUUCUGCACACUUCGCUAACUGGGGAAGAUAGAGACAUGCUCUAUGCAGUCCUCAAGCACCUAGAGGGUUCAAGAUUUUUGAGCCUGCUUCUUCCUGGUCACACUUUGUUGCUACUAGAUCUAGUUCACGCUUCUGCUAUUCUGUUAACUUCGUUCGAAACGGGCAAGCACACUCCACGCGCUGAAGUUGCUGGUCUGCUUGGAUCAUUGCUAUGUUUCCCACAAUCUGUCCUUCCAAAGCCGGUGCUUCAACCAUCCGAACAAAUGGACCUCAUGGAGUGUCCAGACAUACAAGAUCAUAUACUAAAUAUAGUUCUACGUUGUGCCCGCCGCGAACCGUCCUCGAAAGCUCGAUGCAUUGCCCUUUGUCAGCUUGGACAAUGGGUUCUACUUAAACUGUCUCGACCAACGUAUCAAAAGCGUGGAUUCUCGCAGGCUGUUCCACGUCCUGCAAGCGCUUCGAACAAAGAAAGUAAUAUGACGUUCAACUCUCGAAUCAAGGAAGUUAUCCAAGUUCUCCUGCAAGCUUUACAAUUUAAACAUAGAACUAUAGCGAUUGCUGCUGCUGAUGCCCUUAAACUUUGUGCAGAGCGAGGCAAGGAAUUAGCGUCAAUUGAGAGGUUGCCGCAUUUGAUAAUAACUGCAAUUUGCACAGCGUUGGAAAUUCAAAACGUUUUCAAUCCUAAAGAUGCGGAUAAAAAUGUCAUCACUUCGUUGAUUCUAUGUCUUGGAGAAUUUUGUAUGGCAUUUCCCUUGAAUUUACUUCUGGAGCCAGUUGCGGACGAUAAAAACGAGAGUUUGAUGUUAAUUGUAUUGCGGGUCCUACACAAUGUCGCUGCCGGGUCAACUUCAGAUAGAAUUAAACUGCUUACAGCUGACGAAGACUUCGACAUGCUUAUUACGCUGGAUGAUGUCUCGGAUGGAAAGGCGAUAGAAGCCACAUACCAAACAUCUGAAACAACGAAUAAUUGUAAACUUGCAAUACGAUUAUGCGCUAAAGCUGUGGCAUUGCAUCUGGUCACGCACUUGGGUCAUUUCCCCAUGGGAAUCGGAGCAGCCCGCUUAAGUUCGUUGGUGGAAGAGCAAGAUGAUGCGAAUUUCGGAAUGAUCCAAUCGACUAUGGUGGAUCAAAAGAGUACCACUCGUGAUUCCGUGGAACUCUCUGCACCGCAAGUGCUAAACGCCCAAUAUAUCCAAUUGUUUAUGUUGACCAGUGGCCUUGUAGCAAGUUUCGUCGAAUUGCCUGCCUUAAAAUUACCGGGUGGUGGUGCUACUGCGGGGUUAGUGACGGCCGAGAAGCAAGUUCGAGUACUUCUUCGUGAUUUGAGUGGUAAAGCUUGUUGGGAUGCAUCUAUUCUGUAUAGCGAACCGAAGAGUUCGGAACCCAAGUGCCAAUCUAACGAAAAGAUGGACAAUCAAUCAAAUCCGAGGUCAUUCCAUCUGGGAAAAACAAAUAAGCUUUUGCCAAGUAGUAACGGGGUUCCGUUGGAUCCGCUAACAUCUACAGUAGGAAUUGAAAUCACAUCUGCACGGCAUACAUUACGACAUAGGCCUCCAUCACAACUGCCCACUGCUCAGGACAUAGCACCGGAUCUCGACCAGUUGGAUGAUCUCCUACAAUACAUUGGUCACACCAGCCCUGAAUGCCUAGCGAAUGUGUCUUCAAAUUUAAACAUGCCUGGUCCAAGUCCCUUGGGUCCACAAUUGGAAGCCCAAACGAUUUCAAUAAUCCUCAAUCAGCGUAAUGUGGAACAGGAUUACAUACAUAAGCAAAACCAAGCGUUGUUAGGCGGCCGCGAUCGACCGUUGAUGAUAGAUAAACGAUAUGACAGUUUAUCAUACGAAUCGGCAAAUACGAGUCUCUCUAGGACGGACAUACCGUUCCAAUACUGUCGCCUUCUAUUCAGUCACUUGGGCCUGGCUGGUUGGGAGCGGCGUACACGGACGCAUCUACUUAAGCGCACGGAAAAAUUACUCCGAGAACUUCGCAACGUUGAUAUUCAAAAGUGUCGUGAGACACAUAAAAUGGCUGUGAUAUAUGUAGCAUGUGGACAGGAGGAUAAGAAUAGCAUACUAAAAAAUACAUGCGGGAGUAGUACUUAUGAGAUGUUUGUGUCAGCUUUAGGAUGGGAAAUAGAAUUGGAAUCGCAUAAUGGAUUUCUGGGUGGUUUGCCGCGGCAAGGUUGUGGAGCUACUGCGCCUUAUUUUGCGACACCAUUUUUGGAGGUCAUAUAUCACGUUGCAACUCGUAUGCCCAGCGAUACACCCGAAUCGACUUUGUCAAAAACAAGACAUUUGGGCAAUGAUGAAGUGCAUAUUGUGUGGAGUGAACAUUAUCGUGAAUAUCGUCGAGAUAUCCUACCAACAGAAUUUUGUGAUGUGCUCAUUGUGGUCUACCCACUUAAAAAUGGUCUUUUCCGAGUGACCGUUAACAGGAAACCUGAUGUACCAUGGUUUGGUCCUUUGGCAGAUGAAAGUGUUGUGAGUGGAACGUGUUUAGCGAGUUUGGUUCGAGCAACAGCAAUCAACGCGAGUCGAGCGAAACGGUCAUCAUUACCAUUUUUCCAGCAAUACUAUGAGGAACGCCACAGAUCACUGGAUACUGUCUCGAGCCGUUACAAAGAGAGUACCACCUUUGAAGAGUUUGCAACGAGAGUUUACAAUCCCAUUCCGUCGUCUUUUUCAACACUUGGUAAUCAAUCCGUAGGGGGUGCACCUUUAGCAGCAGCGCUUAUUGAUCAUCAUCGCUCUUCACUAAAAGGCUGGCAUCAACAUUACGAUACGGCUCUGAAAGACAUCGCCCCAACACAAACCGUUCUGGCACCCAUUGAAAGUUCAUCACCCCGCCCACUAAGGAAGCUGCAUCCCUUCAAAUCGGUACCAAGGAAGAUUGCUUCUCACCAACAAGGAGGCACACCACCGGAGAGUCCGACUUUGCCCAAUCGUAAAUUUAAAUAGCAUUUCUUUCGGUAGUUGUCUCUCGAUUCUUUCCCUCGAUUGCUCAGUAUAUUGACUAAUAACAUUCCAAGAUCGAGUGAUUGAGUGGAUAAGGGCGCGAACUUGUUUCCUCCAGUUGUGUAUGUGAUACCAGAGCAUCAAAUUUUCAAUUCCUUCGAUAAUAAGCGAUUCAAGAAUUUCCCGUCUGUUCAUUCCUCCGGCCUUCGAUCGAUGCUGCACAGCUCGCAAGUGCGAAACUACAUUUGUAAAGUAGUUGCACCUAAAGUUUAUGUGAUUUAAUUUCCAUCGUAGAUGAGAUUCCUUGUGAAAAUCGUGAAUUAUCGAAAAGCUAUUUUUUUACUAGAUAUUGUUGAACAAUUUUUGUAAAGUCUUGAAGUUAAACUAACCAUGUACAUACAUACAGAUCGGUCUUUCCUCGGAGAGUGCUCAGUGAGCACAAUUAUACGAGAUUUCCAAGUAGAUGUGCGUCUGCAACUUAUGAUAUAGAAUAAAUAGAUGUUCGUGACGAACGGUCUCGUUCAUAAUCAUUACCUCUUACGGAAUCAGAUUUCAGAAAGUUUAUCCAGCGAUCUUCAAUUCGCGUGUUUGAGAAUUCCCUUUUAAAAGUAAUAAAUCAAGUAAGCAAUCGCGUAUCUAUUUAAAUACUUACAUUUACGUUAUUUAACUAAAAUUAAGCAUUAACUCAUUAAUUAACUUAUCGACACGCUAUUUAUCCGUAUGAAUCGUCAUACAGCAAUUAUAACCAUACUUAAAAUAACCUUUUCCUCUACAUAUAAUGUUUAUGUAUUUAUAUAAAUUUAAAUCAAAAUGAUUGCUAGAAUUGAUCUUUUAUCAACAGACUAAUAUCAUCGCGUAUGUGUAAGCGAGAUGAGGGUAGCACAUAUGAUGUAAAAAAUUAUACCUAAAAUUAAGCUAAAAGUAUAAAAACAAUAUGUUAACAGUAUUAAACAUAAUACAAUCGAGCUCUGUUCUUGAAAUUACGGAAAACAAAAAGUUCGUCAUAUUUUCUAUGUAAAAAGGAAUGAGAAUCGUCAGAUAUGAUCCAGCUUCAAAAUGUUCAAUGUAUGCAUGAGUGAGGUGUUGGAUAUGGCAUGUAAAGUAGCUGGGAAAGCAAACGAGAACAAGGAAGAGAAUAAUUUGUACAAAUUUCAUACCAGUCAGGAAAGUUAACUGUAAAUGUGUUUCAUUAGUUUUUCUCGUUAUCACGAGCAAUCGGCUAUUCUGAACAAAAAAGGAAGCAAAAGGAAACUAUCCAAGGCUUUGUUAUGUUAUACACUCGGAAAAAUACAUAUAACACAUAAUUGCUUUCAACGUUAAUGUUAUAAUUUAAUUUUAUUUAAUAUAUUGUUUUUAUUUUCUUGAUGAUCCAUGCUGGAAUAUGUUAGUGAAAACAAAAGCAUACUUAGUUUACAUAACAUUAAACAAACAUUUAUUUAAAAUGUACACAUCUCUGCAAUAUAUGGAAAUAAAUAUAUUAAUUAUUUUAAACA